AUGGUUGGUACUCCAAUGAAUGGAAGAAGACUCUCUUUUGGAUUUGGAAAUGGUGGACAUGAACUUGGUCCUAGUAGUACUCCUCCAAGCAAUGCUGGUUCUGAUUAUGGAAGCUUUGUGGAUUUCACAAGAGAUGAUGUUGAGGCUUUGCUUAGUGAGAAAUCCAAAAGGAAAGACAGAUUUAAUUACAAGGAAAGAUGUGAAAAUAUGAUUGAUUAUAUAAAAAGGCUUAAGGUUUGUAUUAGAUGGUUCCAAGACCUUGAGUUGAGCUACUCAUUAGAGCAAGAGAAGUUGAAGAGUUCAUUGGAAUUGUCUCAACAAAAAUGCAUGGAAAUAGAGUUGCUGCUAAAAAUCAAGGAAGAAGAACUGAAUUCAAUUAUUACAGAAAUGAGAAGAAAUUGCACUUCUUUGCAAGAGAAAUUAGUGAAGGAAGAAACAGAUAAAUCGGCUGCGAUGGAAUCUCUUGUUAAAGAGAGAGAGGCUAGGCUUGACUUUGAAAGGUCGCAAACUACGUUAUCCGAAGAUCUUGGUAGAGCUCAACGAGAGCUUCAAACUGCAAAUCAGAAGAUAUCAUCACUCAAUGACAUGUAUAAGCGAUUACAAGAGUAUAUAACGAGCUUGCAGCAAUACAAUGGAAAACUUCAUUCCGAGCUUUCUUCGGUUGAAGGUGAUCUCAAGCGUGUAGAGAAAGAGAAAGCGACUGUAGUGGAAAAUCUUACCAUGUUGAAGGGCCAGCUUACUUUGUCUAUGGCUUCUCAAGAAGAGGCUACAAAACAGAAGGAUGCUUUUGCGAGUGAAGUUACAUCCCUUCGAAGCGAGCUGCAACAAGUGAGGGACGAUCGAGAUCGCCAAAUAUCUCAAGUGCAAACUUUGAGUACUGAAAUAGUCAAGUUUAAAGAUUCUUCAGAAAAGUCCAGUUCUGAACUGAACAGCUUGACCAUGAAAACAAAGGAAUUGGAGACAAAAUGUACUUUUCAAGAUAAUCAUAUAUUGGAAUUACAAGAGAAGCUAACAAUUGCAGAGAACAAACUCGAGGUUUGCGAUAUAUCUGCUAUUGAGACAAGAACAGAAUUCGAAGGCCAACAGAAACUCGUAAAUGAGUUACAAAGACGAUUGGCUGAUGCGGAAUACAAACUUAUAGAAGGGGAGAAGCUGCGGAAAGAAUUACAUAAUACCAUUUUGGAACUGAAAGGAAACAUCCGAGUGUUCUGUAGAGUGCGGCCUUUGUUACCCGAGGAAGGUUGUAGUGCAGAAGGAAAGACUAUAUCAUAUCCUACCUCAAUGGAAGCUUCCGGACGAGGCGUUGAAUUGGCACAAAAUGGACAAAAACAUUCUUUCACAUUCGAUAGAGUUUUCGCACCCGAUGCGUCACAACAAGAAGUAUUUACCGAAAUUUCUCAGCUUGUGCAAAGUGCUCUUGAUGGUUAUAAGGUUUGCAUUUUCGCGUAUGGUCAGACAGGUUCGGGGAAAACCUAUACAAUGAUGGGUAGGCCUGGACAUCCCGGUGAAAAAGGGUUGAUACCACGUUCGCUCGAACAAAUAUUUCAAACUAAACAGUCUCAACAACCACAAGGAUGGAAAUACGAAAUGCAGGUGUCAAUGUUGGAAAUAUACAAUGAAACGGUUCGCGAUUUGUUGUCUACAACAAAUAAGUCCGCAUCAGACGCAACUCGAGUAGAAAACGGUACUCCUGGGAAGCAAUACACAAUCAAACAUGAUGCCAGUGGAAAUACACAUGUUUCCGAUCUUACAGUGGUUGAUGUUCAGAGCGUAAAAGAGGUCGCAUUUCUUUUAAACCAAGCUGCAAACAGCAGAUCUGUGGGAAAAACUCAGAUGAAUGAACAAUCUUCAAGAAGUCAUUUCGUAUUCACUCUUCGAAUAUACGGUGUAAAUGAGAGCACUGACCAACAAGUACAAGGUAUUCUAAACCUCAUUGAUCUUGCCGGGAGCGAACGUCUUUCAAGGAGCGGCUCAACCGGGGACCGAUUAAAAGAAACUCAAGCAAUAAACAAAAGUUUAUCAUCACUAAGCGAUGUUAUAUUUGCCUUGGCCAAGAAGGAAGAUCACAUUCCAUUCAGAAACUCAAAACUUACAUACCUACUUCAGCCUUGUCUAGGCGGAGACUCAAAGACAUUAAUGUUUGUAAACAUCUCUCCUGACCAAGCUUCAUCCGGAGAGUCGCUAUGCUCACUCCGGUUCGCAUCAAGAGUAAACGCUUGUGAAAUCGGAACACCUCGUCGCACCACCACCAACAGUCGCCCAGCAGAAUCUCGCCUGAGCUAUUUCUAA